AUGCCUACGUUUGAUGAGGAUGAGGAUCGUGAUGUACUCGGCUCUCAAGAUGGUAGUUCUGACAACGAUGCCGAUGAGACCAUGAGAGAUAAUGACGAUGGAGAUUUGGAUCAAGACGCGGAUGGUGAUCUAGAUGCAGAUGCUGAUGGGGAUCAAGACGGAGACGGCGAUGUCGAUGGUGACGGUGAUGGAGACCCUGACGGUGAUGGAGAUGGAGACGUUGAAGGAGAAGCCGAUGAAGAAGAUGACGCUGAGAGCCAGUCUGGAGGGAGUCAGCCUUCUGAUAAUGAAGAAUCUGGUGAGCCAACAGCCACUCAAGACGGCACUCAGCAACCAUCUACAGCGCAUGGUGAUGCUUCACGUGGCAUAGCCCCUCCAUCUAACAUCCUCCCCGAAUUCUUGGAGGCGUCGACGUAUGACAUCGUGCCCACCAUUGCUGCUCCUCAGAGUACAUCUAUCAAUGCUGUCUGUGCAACCGCUGACAUGCGAUGGGUCUUCACCGGUGGCUCGGAUGGUUACAUUCGGAAAUUCAAUUGGGUCGACUCCGUCAAUAACAAGCUCGCCCUUACAGUCGCCCAACGCCAUCCUUUCGUGGAUAGUGUGGUCAAGGCUGGUGUCCUCAUGACUUAUUGGGAGAACAUGGACGCAAGAGCAGUCGCAAACCAGGCUUUAUCUCCAGUUUACUCACUUGCGUGUCAAAGCCAAGCUCUCUGGCUACUGUCCGGGACUUCGUCUGGAGCCAUAAGACUCCAGUCCAUCAGGCAUGAUGAAGGCCGAGAAAUCGCCCUGCUACAGAAGCACACCUCUGCAGUUUCGGUACUUUCGCUAUCUUCAGAUGAAAGAAGUCUUCUUUCGGGUAGCUGGGAUAAGACUGUUCUGGAUUGGGAUUUGGAAACUGGUCAAGUUAGAACUGCAUUUGCCGCAAGUGCUAGUCAAAUUUCGGCCAUUGAAAGUCGACCCUUGUCGUCUGUACCUGUGCCAGCCGAAUUAGGUGAAGUGGUCGUUACCAACGGCACCUUCUCUUCAAAUGAUGUGAAACCUGCUGUGAAUGGAAUCAAAGCAGAAUCUUCUAGCCGAGCGCCUUCGCAGGGAGUAGUCGCCACGCCUGAUUCACUAUUCGGGGAUGGAGGGGAUGAUGACUUAUUUGGGGACGGCGCUGUCAACAUGACCAAUGGCGAUGAUCUCGGGGAUGUCUUUGGGGGAGAGGAAGAUGAAAUGAGCCGGGCUAUGGCCGCCGCACCACACCCAGAAGAAUUGGUCGACCAAGUCAUGGAAGAUGCAACAGAGAAAGCGGCAGCUACAGAAGAGGAGAGCCAAGAACCGAAGGACACUCAAGGCUCCAACGAAGAGGCAAUCGCUGUCUCACAAGCCACUGAACAACCAAUGACCAAUGGACUCGGACAUGCUGAAGAUCUGGAAAAGGAGACUAUCAAUGGCGAGAACAACCGAGAAGAGGAUGCACCUCCCACAUCGGACUCGACGUUCCUUGCCACAUCGAUUGACGGAGCCAUUCGUGUAUGGGAUCGGAGGCAACCCAACCCUGUGGCACGAAUUCUACCUCGGGCUACACCGCCAUGGUGUUUGAGUGCGUGCUGGUCUCCUGAUGGAAAUUUUAUCUACGCGGGACGAAGAAACAACACGGUGGAGGAAUACGACCUACGGAAAGGAUUGAAAGCGCCAGAACGAGUAUUCCGAUUCCCUAAUGGAAGUGGUGCAGUUACAUCUGUGAAAGCUAUGCCCAAUGGGCGUCAUCUUAUUUGUGCAUCUUAUGAUAUUCUACGACUCUACGACCUCAAAGAAUCCCAAACGACAAGGUCGACCGUGCCGUUCUUAAUUGUUCCUGGACAUCGCACAGGGGUGGUCUCACACCUCUAUCUCGAUCCGGCCUGUCGGUUUAUGCUAUCUACAGGCGGUAAUCGAGGAUGGGAAGGAGCCUCUACAGAAGUCCUCCUUGGGUAUGAGAUCGGGGUACCCAGUCAAUGA